GUUCUCCUCCACUUUGGGAAGCCUUCAAGGAAGCUUCUCCAAGCUUUCUCUCCCUCUUUUUUCCCCCUUCAUAUCUCCCUCCCUUCCUCACAAACUCCUUUCUCCCUUUUCCGCCCACAACUGGCUGGGCAGCCGGUGGGGUUUCGUGACGCAGCGUCUGAAUCCUUGAAGGAGGCGAGGAGGGGCCUUCUCGCAUCUUGUUUGGGGGGCCCCCUUUCCUCCCUCGCCCUUUCCUCCCCUCAGGACUUUCCACCCUCAAGCCUAGGCAGAAGCGAAGAGGAAAGGGAGCCCCUCCAAAGCUGCCCCAAAGGAGAAGCAAAGGAAGAGAGGAACUUCAGGAGCCUUUUCCCCCGCGAUGCAACCCUCCUCUUUCUUCAGACUCGCCUUGGGCAUCCUUUUGGCCCUCGAGCUUGGACUCUGCGCCCUUCCCUCAGAUUCCGGGGUAUUUCUCAUCUAUAGCAGUGGUCUGCAGGGCUGCUUGGAGACAAAGGACUCCCUGGUGAAAAUAGCCAGGAUUUGCAACACCAGUCAUCCAGCUCAGAAGUGGAAAUGGGUUUCACGAAAUCGGCUUUUCAACAUUGGAACUAUGCAAUGCUUGGGGGUCUCCUGGAAGUCUGCAAAUACCAGCACAGCUGCCCAUGCACUAGCUACCUACGAGUGUGACCGAGAAUCCAUUAACAUGCGAUGGAACUGCCGCACCCUUGGAGACCAGCUUUCGCAGUAUUUGAGCUCCAGGUUGGGGAAUUGGUCUCUCACGCCAGCCGAAAGGGGAGACCAAGCACGGGGAGGACAGUGGAAGAUCUACAACCAUGAUGAAGAUUUGUGCUCCAGGCCAUACUCUGAAAUUUACACCAUCCAAGGCAAUUCUCAUGGGAAGCCCUGCACCAUCCCUUUCAAGUAUGAUAAUCAGUGGUUCUAUGAUUGCACCAGCAUGGGUCGUGGAGAUGGUCAUCUCUGGUGUGCUACUACACAGGACUAUGGCAAAGAUGAACGAUGGGGAUUCUGUCCUAUUAAGAGUAAUGACUGUGAUACGUUCUGGGACCGAGACCAGCUUACUAGUAGCUGUUAUCAGUUCAACUUUCAGUCCACCCUUUCUUGGCAGGAAGCUGGGAAGAGCUGUGAGCAGCAAGGGGCCAACUUGCUCAGUAUCACUGAGAUCCACGAGCAAACUUACAUCAAUGGGCUGCUAACAGGAUAUGGAUCCACCCUUUGGAUUGGGCUUAAUGAUUUGGAUCUCAAUGGAGGCUGGCAGUGGUCAGACAACUCACCCCUGAAGUACCUUAACUGGGAAAGUGAUCAGCCUGACAAUCCCAAUGAGGAAAACUGUGGGGUGAUUCGGACAGAAUCGUCAGGAGGAUGGCAGAAUCGGGACUGCAGCAUGGCUUUGCCCUACAUCUGCAAGAAGAAACCUAACGCCACCACAAAUACAUACUCAGUAGAGUCUGAGGUGAAGGUAGACUGCGAUCCGAGCUGGCAACCCUUCCAAACAAACUGCUACCGCUUGAUCAGUGAAAAGAAGAGCUGGUUGGAUGCUAAGAAAACUUGUUUGCGGAGUGAAGGUGACCUGGUGAGCAUCCACACCUUUUCUGAACUGGAAUUUGUUACCAAGCAGAUCAAGCAAGAUGUAGAAGAACUUUGGAUUGGCUUGAACGAUCUGAGGCUACAGAUGAAUUUUGAGUGGUCAGAUGGCACACCAGUGCUGUUCACAUUCUGGCAUCCCUUUGAGCCCAACAAUUUCCGAGACAGCCUGGAGGACUGUGUGACUAUCUGGGGACCGGAAGGGAGAUGGAAUGACAGUCCCUGCAACCAGACACUGCCUUCUGUCUGUAAGAAGCGGGGUCGUGUGAGUCAAGGGAGAGAAGACGAGGACCAUGGCUGCAGAAAGGGUUGGAAAUGGCACAGUCCAUCUUGCUAUUGGCUAGGAGUUGACCACGAGGUGUACAGUGAAGCUCGAAAGAUGUGCACAGAUUAUGGGUCUACCCUCGUUACUAUCACCAACAGGUUUGAACAGGCCUAUGUGAGCAGCCUAAUUUAUGGCUGGGAAGACGAAUAUUUUUGGACAGCUCUACAAGACAUAAACGAAACAGGCUCCUUCCAUUGGUUGAGCGGGGAUGAAGUCACAUACACCCACUGGAAUAGAAACCAACCUGGUUAUGACAAAGGUGGCUGCGUAGCCUUGGCCACGGGGAGUGCCAUGGGACUCUGGGAGGUGAAGAACUGCAUCAAUUUCAAGGCCAAAUAUAUCUGUAGGCAAACCUUGGGCACUCCUGUGAAUCCUGAGCUUCCUCCCCCACAUCCCACGCCCAGCCUCACUGCCACCUGCCCUAUAGGAUGGAGCACCAACCCCAAGCUGAGGCAUUGCUAUAAGGUGUUCAGCUAUGACAAACUGCAGGAAAAGAAAAGCUGGAUCACGGCCCAAGUGUAUUGCCAGGACCUGAAAGCCCAACUUUUGAGCCUGGGCAGUUAUGAGGAGGAACAUUUUGUGGCCAACACUCUCAACAAGAUUUUUGGGGAAUCAGAGCCUGAAAUCCAUGAGCAGCACUGGUUCUGGAUUGGCCUCAAUCGCCGGGAUCCUGGAUCUGAGAGGAGUUGGCGAUGGAGUGAUGGGCUGGGGUUUUCAUACCACAACUUUGACCGCAGUAACCAUGAUGACGACGACAUCCGUAACUGUGUGGCACUGGACCUGGCAUCCUUGCAGUGGAUGCCUCUUCAGUGUGAGGUGCUACUGGAUUGGAUCUGCAAACUGCCCAAAGGCACUGAGAUAAAGGAACCAGAGACAACUGUCCAGGGGAGCAAUGAGUGGGUGAAAUAUCAGGAUGCUGAGUACAAGUUCUUUGACCAUCACUCCACUUGGGUGCAGGCUCAGCGGAUCUGUACUUGGUUCCAAGCUGACCUGGCAUCAGUUCACAGCCAAGCUGAACUGGACUUUCUGGGGCAAAACUUGAAGAAGUUCUCAAGAGGCCAGGAGCAGCACUGGUGGAUUGGACUGAACACCUAUGAGAACGAUGGACGAUUUCGGUGGUCUGACGAUUCCCUCUUGAACUUCAUCUUGUGGGCACCAGGCAAGCCACGGCCUAUCAGCAAGGACAAGAAAUGUGUGUACAUGACAGCGAGCCGAGAGGACUGGGGUGACCAGAAAUGUCUCACUGACUUGCCUUACAUCUGUAAACGUAGCAAUAGAACCACCUUGCCAUCAGUGCCCAUGCCAACACCUGGCAGUUGUGCCCAGGGUUGGCAUGAACUCAGCAAUAAGUGCUUUAGGAUUCACAGCCAAGAGCAGGUGACAUGGCCAGAAGCAAAGCGCAAGUGUGAGAUUCAGGGGGGCAUGUUGGCUACUGUCGCCAAUCACCUGGAACAAGCUUUCAUAACCACUCUUCUCCCAAACAUAACUUUUGACCUGUGGAUUGGCUUCCAUGAUGCGAAGAAGGAAUUCCAGUGGGUGGAGUCUGAACUGGUCCAAUAUGUCAACUGGGCUCCUGGUGAGCCAUCUGGGUACAAAACAUCCACUGCCAGUGACAACCCAACCAAUUGUGCUGUAGUAUGGCAUGGCUCCCCAUUCCUCUUCACUGGUCGUUGGGAUGAUAGGAACUGCCUGGAGGAGAAACAUGGCUUCAUCUGCCAGAGGAGCAAAGAUCCUACCCUAAGUCCUUCCCCAGCAACCUUUUCCCCUGCUCCCAACACCACCCUUUUAUAUCUGAACCGGACUUACCGCAUCCUCAAAAAGCCGCUCAAGUGGCACGACGCUGUGCUUCUCUGUGAGAGCCUCAACGCAAGUCUGGUGAAUGUGAUGGAGCCAUAUACCCAGUCCUACCUCACCCAAGCCAUCAGCAGUGUGCGUGCCCCACUCUGGAUUGGCCUGUCCAACGAAGAGGGACGGCGGAGCUAUGUGUGGUUCACAGAGGAGAGCCUUUCCUACUCAAACUGGCAGGAUGGAGAACCACAACAACUUAUAGGAUGCACGUACAUGGAUGUAGAUGGGACAUGGAGAACGGCUAACUGUGAUUCCAAGCUGCAAGGGGCCAUCUGCAGGAUGAAUGAAGGACCCAUUUCUUCUCACAAGUGGAGCUACAAUGGGAGCUGUCCUAAAUCGGUGGAUGAUUCUUCCUGGAUCCCUUUUCGGAAUCAUUGCUAUGCCUUCCACAUGGAAGCUGUGAUAGGCCAGAAAGAAGCUAUGAAGAGGUGUCAGAAAGUUGGAGGCUCAGUGCUGUCCAUCCUGGAUGAGAUGGAGAACGUCUUCAUUUGGGAGCAUCUGCAAUAUUCUGGGGGCCAGUCCAAAGGAGCCUGGCUGGGGAUGGCCUUUAACCCCAAAGGGGGGACACUCGUCUGGCAUGACAACAUGGCUGUCAAUUAUUCGAACUGGGGGCAGCAUGACACGGGACCGAGCAUGCUCAGCCAAAACAGCUGCUACUGGAUCCAGAAGAGCAAUGGGGUUUGGCAUUUGGGCUCCUGCUCCAAUGUCACGAUGGGGGUCAUUUGCAAGACUGCUCGAGUGGAAGAAAACCGCCUCUCCAGUUCAGCUUUCUUGGAGAACACAAAGGCCAUUGCAGUGGUCAUCCUCUCUUCCUUAGCACUGUGUGCACUGAUAGCUAUUAUUGCUGUCUAUCUGUACAAACGGCGGUGGAGUUCAGAGCGAGGGACAUUUGAAAGCGCUCGCUACAGCCGUACCAACUCCAACCCUAGUGAAUCUGCUGAGAAGAAUAUCCUAGUGUCUGAUAUGGAGAUGAAUGAACAACAGGACUAAUGGUGGAAGUGUUGACCAUUGGGGUGGGUGGGGAGGGAGAACAGGGAAGGGAGGGAUGUGAGUAUCUGGCAUACAUACAAUCUCAAAAGUAAGCCCCUGACGAGAGCAGAGAGCAACAGUAAGAUUACUGCAGUGGGGUAGGAAGAUGGGACAGCAAGACACUAAAGAGAUGUGGAGAAAUACAAUAUUUUUUUUAUUUUGGGAGCCCUAGACCAGGGGUCCUCAAACAUUUUAAACAGAGGGCCAGGUCACAGUCCCUCAAACUGUUGGAGGGCCGGAUUAUAAUUUGAAAAAAAAAACCACGAAUGAAUUCCUAUGCACACUGCACAUAUCUUAUUUGUAGUGCAAAAAACAGUUAAAACAAUACAAUAAUUAAAAUGAAGAACAAUUUUAACAAAUAUAAACGUAUUAAUAUUUUAAUGGGAAGUGUGGGCCUGAUUUUUACCUGAUGAGAUAGUUGUGUGCUUUCAAGUCGUUUUAGCCUUAGGUUGACCCUGAGCGAGGGCCGGGUAAACGACCUUGGAGGGCCGUAUUCGGCCCCCGGGUCUUAGUUUGAGAACCCCUGCCCUAGACCAUGUCUGUACGAUCCCAAAACAAAACAAGACAUGGCCUUGUAAUUCUGUCAUUCCUGGAGAGGUGGUGGUUUCCUUCUCCCCUCGCUGGAUACCAACACAACCAUCUCCACAUCUCCUUAGAGAAUGAAAUCCAAGCAUUUCUCCUGGUUAUAAUGCCAAAACAAGAAAGGGCCUCACUGUUUUGGUAAGAACCUGACUUUGUUGUAUUGCAUCACUCCUUAGAGCCAUGUGGUUGAUUAAAAAGUGAAAGGCCCUUGAAUGCCUAUUAAUGAUGGCGCUUCUAUUCUCUGAUGUUGAGAAAUCACAAGAACAAUGUCUUCUCCAACCGCAAUACUGCUAUAACCACCGUUCUGCUGUCACAUUUUGUUGUCAUAGAGGGUUUUCCUGCAAAAAUGUGGAAAUGGCACCAUAGAUCCUUUCACAGCUACAAGGGACCUCUCAAUGAGAGAAACACAUAGCUGCUUCGAGCUUGAUGGAGGAAACAGGAAUGCUGCUAUUUGCUUCUUUUUGAAACAGAGUUGGCCAGCAAAACCCAUCCAAAUGAAGGAGCUCAGUUUGCUAAAUUGUCCCCUCUGAACAAUGCUGUGGGCAGUUCACAAAAUGACUAGUGUGAGGUUGUCAUCCUCCUGCUAGUUAUUGACAGGCGCUAUCCAGAAGGUGCAGGGAUAACAUAAUAAUCCAAAUAUUCAUAGAAAAAAAAUGAGCUAGCUGCACUGGAGUAAAGUCUGCAUGUGCCAAGAAAGAAAGAAAUGAUUCAAGCUCUUAGCAAAUGCAUUGUGCCCAAAACAGAGGGACAAAAACUAUGAUAAACAGGAAAGAAAUGCCUAUCUUUUGCACAAAAAACCACAUUGCAUAAAGGCCCUCAGAACAUCUGUAUAUUGGUGAAAAAAUAAUAUGCUAAUGUUUUUCUCCUUCUCAAAAAAAAAAGCAUUUUGUUGUUGCCUUGCUGGAUAAGAGGUAUAAAUAACUUGGGUUUUUGGUAGCCAUCAUGCACACUGUAUCAAAGUGCAUGCUGACAAUCACUUGUGUUGAGUGGGGAAAGAUAUUUUUUGUCUUGACAGAGUUGAUGCACAAAGCUCUACAAUGUUUCCCUCCAACACACUUUCUUUUUUCAUCAUUUGAAGAAGUGUAACAGGACACUUGGUGUUUCUGGAACAGCAUAUAAUUUUGCUAGCCAAUUCCAGCUACUCAGAGCCAAUAAGAGAUUGUAAACCUAAUGCAGUGCCCUUUUUAUGAAAGAAAUGUGGGAUGAAGAUAACUUUGUGUGGACCAGGGACUCCACAAGAGGCAAUCCCUUUCCCCCCUUUGCUUCCAAUGAAAUAAGUUGGAAAGGUGGCUAUGACAAUGAAUGGAUAGGUAUUUUUGCUACUCAAGUAAUUAUUGGAAUUAUUUUAUAGGGGAAAAAAAAUCUAGUGAUGUUCACUUAAGCUGGAUAUUAAGUGUUUGUAAAAAAUGUUUACCAUUGUCUCUAAGUAACUGAAAAGUGCCAUAAGUGCCCAUAAUAUGAGUUGUUUCACAGACAAUCUUAACUUUUUGAAUUCCUUUGCUUUUCUUUCAUAAUUGCUGCUUGUUGCCUGUUUUUUGUUUGUUUUGUUUUGCUUCAGACAAAGUUAUAUAUAGACAUCUUGAAUUUGCCCAACAUUUGUUCUGCUCAGGGGAUCCUUUCCAGGGGUUAAUCUGAAUGAGCUUCAAGCCCUGGUCUCCAUUCCAUACUAGGGUUCUACCUUGGAGUAUGUGAAGUUAUGGUGCCUUUGAGUACGUUUGCUUGUCUCUUUCUAAUGAGGAGCCGUAGGUAAAUUUCACAUGUUACAAUGUGAUGACAUGAUCAGUAAGAAAUGUACAAUAAUGUUACAUGUCAGUUGGGGUGCAGAUGUGUGGGAAUGGAAAUUAGGGCAUUGCCCCCUAUGUUCUCCAAUGAAAUGCUCCAAAAUGCAUUGCAGCAACCUGAAAUGUCAGUUGAGCAUCGAGAAAGACAGUAUAGGCCAGUGGUUUUCAAGCUGGGGUCCCCAGAUGUUUUUGGCCUUCAACUCCCAGAAAUCCUAAACUGGCUGGGAUUUCUGGGAGUUGUAGGCCAAAACACCUGGGGACCCACAGGUUGAGAACCACUGGUAUAGGCAUUCAAAGAAAAGGGACAAGCAAAGUUAACAAAGGAAUGUAAACAUCACCAAUAAUAAGCGUUCCAGGUAUGAAUGAUUUUCAGUGUCUCAUUUUCUGUAGUGCUAGAUAUCUGGGGACUGAAGGGAAAUUUAAUUAAAGGGGCAGAAUUCUUACGGAGAACAACUACAUUUCUGAAGUUAACUAUUGAUUCUUUUGCAAAACCAAAAGAUGUCAGAAGGAAGAGGGAGCCAGCUUGUUUUCUGUUGCUCCUAGAGACUAGGACUCGGAGCAAUGGGUUCAAAUUACAGGAAAAGAGAUUAUAUCUAACAUUAGGAAGAACCUCCUGACCAUAUGAGCUGUUCAGCAGUGGAACCCUGUCUUGGAGUGUGGUGGAGGCUCCCUCUUUGGAGGUUUCAAAACAGGCUGGAUGGCCAUCUGUAGGGGGUACUUUGAUUGUGCUUUUCCUGCAUGGCAAGGAGUUGGACUGGAUGGCCCCGGUCGUCUCUUCCUAUGAUUCUAUCAUCUGGAAGGGGUGGAGCCCCCGGUGGCACAGUGGGUUAAACCCCUGUGCCGGCAGGUUCGAAUUCAGGGAGAGGUGGAUGAGCUCCCUCUAUCAGCUCCAGCUCCUCAUGCGGGGACAUGAGAGAAGCCUCCCACAAGGAUGAUAAAACAUCUAAUCAUCCAGGCGUCCCCUAGGCAACGUCCUUGCAGACGGCCAAUUCUCUCACACCAGGAGUCACUCCAGACACGUCAAAAAAAAAUUAAAAAUCUGGAAGUGCAUUUUUAUAAACAGUGAAAAUUGUACAACCAACCAAAAUGAACACCACUGUUUACUGGAAGAGCUCUCCUCUGAAAUCUGUGAUUCUUUCCCAAUAAUGGUGUGCAGCACAGGCAUUCACUCAGCAUUAUUUUAACUGGGAAGCCUGCAUGGAAGCAUAUUCUGUCAGGAAGACAAGCAAGCUGACCAGCCAAAGUAUAUUCAGGAAUUAAGUGCAAUAGCAAAGCUGAAAGGAGGAAAGGUUGUACAAUACCAUAUUCUCGGUCCUCCCAGCUUUACAUGCUGCUGCUCUAUCUAUUUCUCAGUAAUAACAACACCACAGUCAUCCCACAGCAAUUGUAAUACUUUUAUUUACUUUUUCAGCUUUUAUUUUGGUUUCAAGGUGAAUUGAACAGAACUAUGACAAAUUGCAGUGAAUUUCAUAUAUGGAGGUGGAAACUAGCAACAUUUCACCCCCCAAUUGUGAAAAUGUUUGUCUGGAAUUACUGCAAAAUGCUUCUGCUUAAAUAUUCUAUCAAUGUUUGGAAUAAUAAUGUGAAAAGGUACUGAGAAAACCUGACAACUUUUAAAAAUAGUUUACUUUUGCUUUUGAUAAAGUCAUCUUAGAAUCUUCAAAUAAAGCAUCAUUUCCAAUAA